AUGUCUCAUGGAAAAGAUGCAAUCUCACUCCUUGUCGCGCAAUACUUCCAGCUGGUUGACCCAUGGGAUCUCCGCAUCCCCCCAGCAGACACGCUGAAAGACCCGGCAGUACAAGCCGCCAUCUAUGAGGAGAUGUUUAAUGAGGACAAAAUCGACCCUAUUCCCCCGGUGAAUUAUCGAACCAGGGCUCUGAAGACGAUUCUGGCUCGGAUUGAGGAGGCGUUGUCGGAUCCGGAGGAGGAUGAAAUCCUGGAUGAUCUCAUCCGCUGCUGGAGCGAGCUCAUCGCUCAACCAAAACCCUCGGCCCUCGAGGCCGCCCAGCAGCUGUCGUACAUCAAGUACACCGCGCCCGCCACCAGCGGCGUCGAGAAUAAUGACAAUGACAAGCGCGGCAGUGUAAUCACCUCCGAGUCGCGCGGUCUGAUCCUCUCCUCCGGCACCACGGGAUUCCGCACCUGGGAGGCGGCCUUGCAUCUGGGGACGUUUCUCUGCACCACGCCCGAGGGCCAAUCCAUCGUGCGGGGGAAGCGAGUCAUCGAACUGGGUGCCGGCACUGGGUUCCUCUCCAUGUACUGCGCGAAGCAUCUGGGUGUAGAGAGCGUGACGGUUACGGACCGUGAUCCAGCGUUGAUAGCUAAUAUCAAGGACUGUCUGGGCCGGAACCAGCUCAGCGCUGACAAGAUCCGGCCUGCGAUUUGGGAAUGGGGGAGUCCACUAGACAGCGGCAGCAAUACCAAUACCAAUGCCAAUGCCAUUUUCGACGUGGCACUAGGUGCUGAUCUGACCUACGACGUAGAUAUCGUCCCUCUGUUAAUAUCGACAAUUCGCGACCUCUUCGAUCAAUACGGAACGAAAGAAUUCAUCCUGUCUGCUACUAUCCGAAACGAGGAGACAUUCCAGACUUUCCUCGAUACCUGCGGUGAGUCUCCCCCUCAACAAGCUCAACAAGCUCCCCCUAGGUCCCUUCCCCUAAAGCAAGGGAAAAAAAAGGCAUACAUACAGGUGUAUGGUAUUGUGUACACUAACUCAUCAAACAAUUUCCAUCGUCAUGGCCGCGCACAGAAGCCCAUCGAUUCCAGACACAGCGUAUCCCGUUUGAAUCGCCUCCUUUUGAAGAACAGUCGGGGUUCUUCCAUUCGACUAAGAUACCGAUCCGGACGUACAGGAUCAUGCCGCCGGGAGAGCGACAGGAGGGAUAAACAGGUAAAUAAAAAGAUAAAUGAAAAUCACGCACCUGAAGAAUAA